AUGUCGCCUCGUCAACUUGUUCUCGUCGAGCUGAGCGAGGAGUUGUCCUGUGUCGACCCGCUCUCUCGCUUCUUUUGCUGGUCUGACUGGACUGUGCGCUCGCUAGGACUGCUCACAGCUGCUCAGCAAGAUCUCACCGCAAUCAUGUCCGAACGACGACGAGCCGAGAUCGCCGAGAAGCGCGCACGCCUCGCAGCGCUCAAGCAAGCCCGCGAGGAGCGCGAGGCUGCCUCGAGGGCCAGCGCAUCCGCCUCUCUCGCCGCGUCAGGACUGCCCACACCCGUCGGAGGGCCUUCGAGGGCCGGCUCGGAGGCUGGGAGACAAGCUAGGGGCAGCUUGGGGGCGAGUACGAGCAGCAGGAACGACGAGAUCGAGAACUUGCUUCGAGGAGUCGGUGUGGGGCGCGAGAGGGAGACGGUCGAUGCAGGCUCGCCUGGCGCGGACAACCUGCGCACGAGUAGCGGAUUGGGGAGAAGCGUUGGAGUGGGGUCGUCAACAGGCGCCAGCGCGGUGGGCGAGGACUUGACGAGCUCGAGGGCGAGUCCGCCGGUGGAAAUGGCCGCUGGCGAGCCAGAGUGGAAAGCGCCGUCCAGCGAGGCCCCGAACGACGAAGCUCCUACCCUUCCGACGCUCACAUCCUCGUCUAUCGAAGUCUACACGCUCCCGCCUCGACCCAAAGUUGUCUACGACAAGUCUAUUCAGACUUCUACCGACCUCUUCCCUUCAGCUUCCGUGCAGACCGCCGCUGCAGACUCCUCCAUCUCGACUACGACAGGCGGCGCAGGUCGCGAGACGGCCGAAGAGCUUCGCGCCCGCAUCAUCGCCGAACUCGAAGCCGAGCGGAAACAGCUCGAUGCCGAGAUUGCGGAAGAGAAGCGGUUGGCGGAGGAGCAGCUCGAGGCGGAACGGGCGCGCGGCUUGUCGGGCGAGAAGCUGUCGAGCGUGUUUGCGAAUCCGGCGUUCGUAGACUUCCUCGAGCAGUCGAGCAAGGUCGUCCAGCGCGCAUUAAGCGACUCGUACGACUACCUGCGCGACUAUACAAUUACGACGGACGCAUCGCGGGAAGAGGAAGAGGGGAAGAGGGCAAAGGUGCGGUUACUUGGGACUUGGCAGGACCAGCAGUGGGGCAAGGGGCGGAGCGUGACUGGUGUCGACUGGUCUCCCAAGUUCCCCGAACUCUUCGUCGCCUCUUACAACAAGAACCCGAUGGCGGUCAACGAGCCCGACGGUAUUGCCGCCGUUUGGAACCUGCACCUGCUCGAACGACCCGAAUUUGUCUUCCAUGCCCAAUCCGACAUCCUCUCUAUCGGCUUCUCGCCCUUCCACCCCAACCUCGUCGUCGGCGGAACCUACUCAGGCCAGAUCCUCCUGUGGGACACCCGCUCGCGACACUCGAAUCCGGUUCUCAAGACACCCCUCUCCGCCUCGGGCCACACCCACCCCGUCUACUCCCUCUCGCUCGUCGGCACGCAGAACGCUCACUCGCUCGUGUCGGCCUCGACCGACGGUGUUCUUUGCACCUGGACUCUCGACAUGCUCGCUCGACCACAAGAGACGCUCGAGCUCGUCCAUCCCGCGCACAACAAGACGGACGAAGUCUCUGUCACGGCUCUCGGCUUCCCACUUGGGGAGACGACGACGUUUUGGUGUGCGACGGAAGAAGGAAACGUCUACGCUGCGAAUCGGUACGACCGCGCAGGCGCCAAGGCCGGACUCGUCCAGAGCGAGAUCUACCGCGGUCAUUCGGGACCCGUCACGGGCAUCGACUUCCAUCCUGUCGAGGGAAGCGUCGAUUUGAGCGACUUGUUCCUUACGUGCGGGGUUGACUGGACUGUCAAGCUCUGGCGGGCGGGAGGCGCGCUUGGUGGGCCUCAAGCGGGCAAGACCGGCACGUCGAGCAGCAAGACGAGCUCGUCAUCCGGCGGAGCGAACGCGAUUGCGCCGCUGCUGUCGUUCGAGGAGGCGGACGACUACGUCUUCGACGUCAAAUGGCAUCCGCUGCACCCGGCUGUCUUCGGUACCGUCGACGGCGCAGGCAAGUUCGACUUGUUCAACCUCAACACCGACACCGAGGUGCCCAUCAUCUCCACCGCCGUGGGCGAAUCCUCACCCGCUGCAUCUCGACCACUUGGCGGAUCCAGCGGCCGACGAGGGCUGAACAAGCUCGCGUGGGAGCGCAAGGAGGGUCGGAGGGCUGCGAUCGGCUCGUCGGAUGGGAAGGUGUAUGUCUAUGAGCUCAGCCAGGACCUCGUCACGCCGCGCGAAGGCGAGUGGGACCAAAUGCGCAAGACGUGCAACGCCGCGCUCGCCGCGCAGCAGCAACAACAUGCGUGA